AAGGAUGGAAUAGCAUUGAUUGGUACAGAUCAACAUAACAUAGUGGACUAUGAGAAUUGCAUGACGGCUGAUGCAUUGCGAUUUGUAGCAGAGUUACAUAGACGCUUUGACAAUGAACGUCUAAACCUACUUAAUCAACGUAUCAAACGACAAGCUGCAUUCGUAGAGAAUGGAUACAAUCUUGCUCCACCAGACGACACUACACACAUCAGGGAGGACAAGACUUGGAGGGUGGCGCAAAUACCUCAAGUGCUACAGGAUCGCAGCGCAGACAUUGUCUGUCUGAACGUCACAUCACUUGAAGAUCUGGAGGCAUGCAUGAUGUCUGGAGCAACGGGCGUGCAGGUGGACUUUGAUGAUGGCUUCCAAUGUGGCUGGUCAAACGUGAACAAAGGAUUGAAGAACAUCAACACAGUCAUUGGAAAGCAUCUCCACAACAAGGACAUUGCGCUGCUACUGAUGCGGCCAAGGUCUCUUAACCUGUCCGAGUACCAUAUGCUGGUCGAUGGAGAGCCUGUUGCUGGCGCAUUGUUCGACUUUGGCAUCCACAUGUAUCACAAUGGAAGAGUGUUGCUCGAUGCUGGACGCGGACCAUUCUUCUACAUCCCCAAGCUCGAGGGUCGCUACGAGGCACUGUGGUGGAACCGAGUGUUGUCAUUCAGUGAGCAGCAUCUCGGAAUAAGCCAUGGUGCCACCAAGGUAAUAGUACUCAUUGAGAACAUCCAGGCGGCGUUUGAGAUGCCCGAGAUGUUAUACUACCUCAAGGACUAUGCAGUGGCGCUCAACACUGGUCGAUGGGACUACAUAUUCUCUGUGGUCAAGGCAUUCUCUGGCAGUAGUGAUCAUGUGUUCCCCGAGAGAAGUCAGUUGGGUCUUGAUCAAGACUUCCUUCAAGGUUAUUAUAGGUUGUUGGUCAACACUUGCCACGAACUUGGAGCAUUGGCCACAGGUGGCAUGUCGCCUCAAUUCCCAUUAAGUGGCGGGAUGUCUACCUCUUUGACAGACAUCGAGAAAGAGCAAGUCUUUAAAGGAAAGUCAUUCGAGGCUGGAAUGGGUUUUGAUGGCGCGCUGGUUGCUCAUCCAUCCGCUGUUCAAUCAUGUAAGGAUGCGUUUAAGAGUAUAGUCAUGCCAUCAUCAACAUCCCCAAGUACGUAUUACAAGAUGAUACUCACAUGUCCAAAGGGAGAGAUCACAGACAAAGACGUCCGAGCAUCGAUAGAAGUAUUCUUCAAGUACAUACACAGUUGGUUCGCUCUGGAACAAGGUGCACUUCCACUCAAUGGCAUUGUGGAGGACUUGGCCACUGCAGAGAUCAACAGAGCAUUGCUUUGGAAAUGGAUACGCUUCCACACCAAGACAAAGGAGGGCCACACCAUCAGUUUCAAACUAGUGGUCGACACUAUCAAAGAGCUGAUGGAUCAGGGUCAUAUGAUGAAUCCCGUUGACAAGGUGGACCUGUUCCGAAUCAUCAGUGUCCUUCUUUAUUCCCAUUCGUUUGUCGACUUUAUGACAACGGUCAUGUAUCCAUUUGUAACAACAAUCAGUUUCGACUCGCCAAAG